AUGAAUUCGUUCAGAUGUUCAGAAGAUGGAAAACUUAUUUUUCAUGCUUAUGAAUUUGAUGAACUUGUAUCUUUCAAAACACAAAUCAUUCAAGAAAUCAAUAUUGAUUUUAUUGAAAAUAGUGAACAACAAGAUAUUUUAUUAAAUAAAAUAAAUGAUGAAUUAGAUUCAACAUCAAUGAUUAAUAAUGAAGAACGAACAGUCAAUUGCAAACUUGCUGAACAAUGUAUUUCAAAUCCAUAUGAGAAUGGUACAAUAAAAAGUAAUGAUCAAUCAUCUAUUAGUAUUAAAUAUGUUAUACUAAUAUGCCUAUCACAUUUGACAACACUUUAA